CCAUGAGAGGAGGGUGGAGUGAAUAAAUGGGUGAGUUGUGAGACGGGGGAUGGGGCUCCUAGGAUGUGACUCAGACUCCCUGUCAAAACCAGCAGGGAGGGGACCUGAUGAGAAGAGGGAUAGAACGGAGGAGAGCGGGGUGGAGCGGGGGAAAGAAAACCCGGCCCCUCUUACACCACCCCGACUCUUUGGCAUUCAGCGUCAGCAAAAACCUUAAUGUGAUCAAGAUGGAAGUUGUCUUUGGACUUUUCACCGCUCCCCGGCUUUCUGUCUGCCUUUGGGGGCUUCACUACCUUUCCGACAGUUUUACAACGAAGACACUGACUGGAGUCCAGAAAACAGCUUGCAGAAACAUAGACUAAGGACUGCUUACAAAAUAAAACAGAUGUCAAGUCUCUUGGAAAGAGAUGGACUCAUAUUUCCCAAGCAAGAACACAUUGCUCUCUGUGGAUGAAUGAAAAGGCAACUGGCGAAACAUCUCUGGAUAACUGUACUCGAAGAAGUUACUGGAUCUAUAAUCUGUUUGUUGGAUUAUCACCUGGUGUUAGAUUACUGAAUACACAGCUGCUGGAUUAUAUCGUAAAACGUGCCAUCAGCGGAGAAUUUACAAGAAGUAAACACUGUUACUCCAGCAUCCAGCUCUGAAAUGUACUGAGGUGUCACUUUUGCUGUUGGUUCUUUGGUCGGUGGAAGAAGCAACUGCUUUGGGAUGUUUUUGUAACCUCCCUUAUUUAACUAAUAACCAGGAGCAGGUUCAUGCCAGAGGGUGCAGAUUGCAGUUGGUAUCAUCCAGCUCCUCUACUGAGGAAACAAAAGCAGAUCCAGUUCUCCAUUUUCGCCUGCCGUCAAAAGCAGCUCUAUGGGAUAGCAUCGGCUGUCCACCAUGCCAGUAGCCAUAAGGAAAAGAAGUUGGGAGGAGCAUGUAACUCAUGCUUCAGGAUUACAGUACAGUUACGAUGAUCUGGACCUGGUCUGCUGUCAUGGGGUGGACAGUGAGGGGCCUUGGAUGGGAGCAGGGGCUUCCAAACAAGGUCGAAGGACGAGGUGUGCCUCCAUGCCAGAGUGCUGCCACCAACUGACCAAAGAGGACCUGGCUCAGACACUUGAGGUGGCAGCUUCUGUUGUGAAUGAUGAUACUGGAUCAGACGAGUUGAAGCUAUUGGAAAGCACUGUGAAAGCUCCAGUGGGUUUGCAGGAGGAUUCAGUUCAUGGCUCUCAUGAGUUGUUAGGCGUUAAUAUUCCCCAAAGUUCCACUGCAUCAGGGCAUCUCCAGGACAUGGAGAAUUCUGGAGAUUUUCACAGUAACUCAAACAGUGGGAUGUCCAGGGGAAAUAUUCCUUUUGCAAGUGAUAGCAGCAGUCACAGCAAGGAAGCCAUCAGUGGUGAAUGUGAAGUUGGCACAGACAGCAGCCAGAGACAGGGCAUCUGCAAUGACGAUAAUGUCUUUAAAAGUCCACAUAUCUCACGUGAAGAGCAACAAUGCAUCUCUAUCUCUUCAAACAAUGGGCCUCCACUGUCUGAAUCUGCUGGUGAGAAGCCUGGCAACCUUCCAAAUCAUCAGGAAACAAAGGAGAGCCAUACAGAGGGUUACAGCAGACCUCCUGAAAUCUCUGAGGCCGCACUAAACCGGUCCUCUGCUGCUCAACUGGAACCUCAAACUGACCUUCCAGAUGUAGAGGAAGAGAAGAUUUCCAGCUCUGGCUAUGCUGAUGUAAGUGUAACCUUACCUGUUCAGCACAGUUCACUUAAUAUGAUGGAGAGCGAUAAUGUGAUGUCACAGGCUAUCAAAACUGUGGACCCAGUUGUGACUUUAGUGGCAGAUGAAGUAUGUGACAAAGGAGUAACUGAAAGCCAGAGCGCAGAUUCCGCUGACAAGCUGGAUGGAUUAAAUGACCCAGGAACUCUAAAUGAAAAUACAGGAUUUAAGCAUCACUCAAGAGACGUUCAAGGAGGAGAGCAGGAUCAUCAUGACUGCACUGUGGAAUUGGAUCAGGCUCAUGGUUGUGAAAUAUCCCACCAGACACUGUUGGAACAGCAUAAUGUUGAAAUGACAGCGAUAAACGGGCCUCAGGGAGAGAAGAGUGCACAAGCAGAAGGCAGCGAGAAAGAAGCAAAAGUCAGGUAUGGGCCAAUCACAUCGACUGAUAUCUGUUUCAAAGGUCAGUGUUGCUCUGUGACCGUUAACAGCAACGUUUCAUCUGAAAAACUGGAUGCUGAAUAUUCAGAAGGCAACCCUGUACAGACAGACAUUACUCAGUGUGAAGAGCAGAAUGUGGAAACAACAACCUCCAUAAGUCAACCAAUAGCACACACUGAUGAAAGCUCAGUGUCCAAAGAGUUGGCUUGUUGUGAGGAUCAAGUCGUGGCCCAGCAUUUGGAAAAUAGCAGUUCAAAACUGGGUACUAUCCCAGAAGUUAGCCACCUUGAGCCAGAUGACACCCCCGGACUGGAUCCUCAAAAGAACACUGCCUCAGAUUUCACCCAAAAUCCACAUGUUCAGCACUCUCAUACUGAUGAUACACUUGCAGCUUCUGAGCAGCACACCGAAAACCUGCCAGCAUGCUCUGCAGAGGUCAACGCUGAGCUCUCACCAGAGGGACUCCAUGGCAACCAGGCCUCUGGUUGUUACCUCAGUGAGUCACCUGGCCCUGAGGUGGCAGAUGGUCAGAGAGAACAGCACAGGCCAGAAGCCACAGUCUCUAGAAUGGAGGCUGCACACACCAUUAUUUACAGUGACACACAACUUGUCAGUCCCGUUUUAGAUGAAACGAAUGAGCCUGGAGAUCAAAAAGAGGACAACAGGGUCAAAGUGCGCAUGAGAAAGCAUGAGCAUUCUCGUCUGGACUCAAUGGUGUUGCUGCUGAUGAAGCUGGACCAGCUGGACCAGGAAAUUGAGAAUGCCCUCAGUGCCACCUCCUCUAUGGACAGCACCCCGACCCUCCAUCGACGACAACUCUUGGAGUUUGAUUUAGGAUCUGUGCCAGCAGCAUCACAAAAUCCACCUCAUCCACAUGUUCCUGCUGCCUCAACUUCAGGGCCCGCACCAGCCCUCGGAGCAAAACCUAAGAGUGGGAGCACCUCUACCAUUCCUGAGACAGAAAAAGCUGGUUUUGUCUGCGGUUGA